AGUAGUAGAAGUAGAGAGAGUGAGUAAAGGCUCAUCAAAGAGUGAGAGUGUGUAGUGUAGAGGUGGAGCCUUUUUGCCAGGGAAUGGCUUUUCUCUCUUCCUUUCUCUAUAUCUCUCUCUCUCUCUUUCACUUUGGCGGUACGGCCUCUCUCAUUUUUCUUCUCAAAGCUCCUCAAUUUUCAUGUUUCUAUGAUCUGGGUCUCACUUAUUUUUUCCUCUAAAUUUCUACACUACUUGUUAGAUUUAAAUACAGUGGUCUUUUUUGUUUUUGUGUAAGAGUGCACUGUUGUUGGUCUUUGGGGAGUGGUCUAAAUUUCUUUUUGUUGGCUUUCGCAUCUUUAUUCGGUAAAAGGGUUGUUGAUUGAACCCUUUUGAAGCUUGAACAAGAAGUGAAAGAAGUUUGAUUGUAUGUUUAUGAUGUGUUGUGUGUGUGUGUGAGUGUGUGUUAUGAUGGUAAUGAUUCUUUUGACCAUAGAAAGAGAUCAGAUAAGGGAAAGUGAAAAGGAACUGUAUAUGAGUAUGUGUGUACACAAUAAAGAGAGUAUUGUUGCUUGUGAUUGUCAAUGAGAGGGAAUUUUGAGGGUUAUACUCUCUCAUUUAUUCCCUUUCUUCACAUCUCAUGUGCAAGCUAGGUGUAAUGUGCCUUGAAGAGUGGUCUUGUUAGUUCAGAGAUUUUGGGUGGGAGUUUUGUAUAUUUAGUUUCGUUUUUAAUUUUUUUUUCCUGUUUCAAAAGGGGAUUCUGAAAAUGCCUAUGUUUCAGCCCUCUAGGAGGGGUGGGGUUGUUGGGUAUGAAGGUGGUGGAGAUGGGCAUGUUCUAGAUCUAGACACUGCUGUCAAAGAUGGGGUUUUGGGUGGGGUUGGUGGUGGGGUUGUUGGAGCUGGUGUAGAGAAAUUGGAUCUGAAGAAGAUGAUUGAAGAGCUUGACUUAUCUGAGGUUCCAUCUGUGUUCAUUUGCCCAAUCUCCCUUGAACCAAUGCAAGACCCUGUGACUCUUUGCACGGGCCAAACCUAUGAGAGGUCCAACAUUCUCAAAUGGUUCAGUUUGGGGCACUUCACCUGCCCCACCACAAUGCAAGAGCUUUGGGAUGAAUCCAUUACACCCAAUAGGACUCUUUACCAUCUAAUCUACACUUGGUUUUCUCAGAAGUAUUUGCUCAUGAAGAAGAAAUCAGAAGAUGUACAGGGACGGGCGUCGGAGCUUCUGGAGACACUAAAGAAGGUGAAGGGUCAAGCAAGAGUUCAAGCCCUCAAGGAACUUCAACGAGUUGUGGCAGCUCAUUCCACUGCUAGGAAGACAGUGAUUGAUGAAGGUGGGGUUGCUGUAAUUUCAUCAUUACUGGGUCCAUUUACAUCCCAUGCUGUUGGUUCAGAAGUCAUUGGGAUUCUUGUGAAUUUGACCCUGGAUUCAGAGUCGAAAACGAACUUGAUGCAGCCUGCGAAGAUUUCGUUAAUGGUGGAUAUUCUGAAUGAAGGGUGCAUUGAGACGAAAAUCAAUUGUACCCGAUUGAUCGAAAUGUUAAUGGAAGAGAAGGAUUUCAGGUCAGAGGUUGUUUCAAGUCAUAGCCUCUUGGUUGGUUUGAUGAGGCUGGUGAAGGAUAAGAGACAUUCAAAUGGAGUCUUGCCCGGACUUAAGGUCCUCAGGACGAUAUGCCUCCAUAAAGAAGUGAGGGCCUUGAUUGUGAGCUUAGGGGCUGUUCCUCAAUUGGUUGAAUUGUUGCCUGCUUUGGAUCCUGAUUGCUUGGAAUCAGCCCUGUUCAUCUUGGAUGCAUUGUCCACUGUACAGGAGGGAAGAUUAGCUUUGAAGGAGUGUUCGAAUACCAUUCCAAAUAUGGUGAGGCUAUUAAUGAGGGUUUCAGAGUGCUGUACCCAAUAUGCUUUGUCAAUCUUGUGGUCUGUAUGCAAACUUGCCCCUGAAGAAUGUUCCUCAGUUGCUGUUGAUGCGGGUCUUGCGGCAAAGCUCCUCCUCGUGAUUCAAAGUGGUUGCAAUCCUGUCUUGAAGCAGCGGUCUGCAGAGCUUUUGAAGCUGUGCAGUCUAAAUUAUUCGGAUACUAUCUUCAUCUCCAAGUGCAAGCUUACAAGAACAAUCCAAUGAGUGGAAAAUGUUACUCUGUAUCACCCACCACCCUUUGAAGCUUUGGGGCAAGGGAGGUAAAGGUCCUGCCACAUCUAAGUCUAUGGAUCUCCGAUGAACCCCAAAAAAUGCGGUGGGGUUUUGAGGUACAUGUUUGCUCUCCUGUACAUAUUGAAGUAUUUCAAUUCCAACAAUUGAUUCAACAUAAAUGAAGAAGUAUGUAGACAGCAACAACCACUGUACAGGGUUCUCCUUGUAGGCAGUGCUCUCGAUGGUUUUCAAAUAAACCCCGUCAAGAAAAUUAUAAAACUAUGUAAUAUCUGUAUUGGGGGUACACUAUUGUAAGAAAGUAAAUGCAGUUGUUGGAUAAGACACUUGUUAGGGGAGGAGAAAUCGUGGCAAAUUUUUGGAGCUUGCAAUUGCAAUUGUAAUUCUUAUGUUGUUGCUUUGCUCCAUGGCUUCCUUGUAUUUCCCUUCAGGGUCUUAGAGACCUCCAAUUUUCCUUGCAAUUAGUGGGAGUUUUGCUUCUGACCCCGCAUGUGUAGAGACUGGAAGUGCCUUUGGCCUUCAAAUUUUAUUCCAUGUACAAUGAUAUCAACCUUUUUAUUUCCAUUU